UGUUCAGAAAACAAAAACGGUUUUCAAGACGGAGCCCCUACUCCCCCUUGCUUCCAAAGUCACACACGGAGCGGUUGUGGAACCUUCGUCCACACCGGCGCGUGAUCUACGGACGAUGGCACGUCUACACAGAGCAAAGCUGGGCCAUGCACGGCAUGCAGAAUGCGUGCGCAUUCUCAUGCUCUGCUUAGCAUGCAGUGUGCUUGGCGAGGAGGAUAUGUGCCUAGUGCUGGGAGCGCUUUGGUUGCUGAAAUGGCGCGCUUACGAGGAGCUCGUUAGGCCGACCGUGCUAGACGGGGUGAGGUACGACUUCUUUGAGGUCCUGGGUGGGUUUGACUUCAAGGAGCUGUUUCGGUUCGAGAAGCCUCACUUCCUUCUGCUUUUGGCAGCGCUGGAGCUUCCAGCUGAACUGGAAAUCUGGAGGGGGGGGUAUUCCUGCCAGCGUAUCCCGGCACGACUGGGGUUAGCAGUCACCCUAUGGAGACUGGCUGCUCCCACCACGUUGCUUCGAGAUCGUUUAUUUUGGGGGAUGGGCGAGACGCUUGUGUGUGAAGUUUUCAACGUGACGGUGGAGGCAAUUUACGAGCGGUGGGGGCAUCUCGUGGAUGAGCUGCAGGUAGACGCGAUUCUUCCUAAGAUUGACUCCUUCUGCGAGGCGAUACAAGAGUGCGGCGCGCCUCUUGAUCGGUGUUGGGCGUUUAUAGACGGGACGAUUCGUAAAAUAUGCAGACCUAGGCGUUGGCAACGACUCUAUUACAACGGUUGGAAACGCCUUCACGCCUUGAAGUACCAGGCAGUCGAUACCCCGGAUGGUAUUAUUAGGCAGCUUUGGGGGCCGAUGCUCGGUCGCCGUCACGAUGUAACGCUGCUUGGGCAGAGUGGGUUGCUUGCGGUAAUGAUGGACUCUUUCAAUGACGCAGAGGGUGAACCGUAUUACAUCUACGGAGACCCGGCCUAUCAUGUCUCUCCGUGGCUUCAGGCUCCGUUCAAGGGUGUGCUUACCCCUGACCAGGCCGAGUUCAACGCCGCCAUGAGUCGUGUGAGAGUCACGGUGGAAUGGGGGUUCGGUAGAAUAGUCGCUCUCUGGCCGUACGUCGACUACCACAAGAAGCAGCAAGUAGGUCUGAGCGCGUGCGGCCUCGGAAAGCAGUAUGCUGUUGCAGGUAUACUUACCAACUGCCACAACUGCUUUUACCCCAACUCAACGGCACAGUACUUCGACCUCCAGCCCCCAACUCUCGACGAAUACCUCCACGGGGAGGGUUAGGCUUGAAAACGGUGUUCGUCAGGCUGAGCAGAAAGCAGUGUCAGGGCCGAUAGGGUUGCAUUGCCCUGGACAAAUAGCGUGGUUAUCACUAGUUCGCGCAGAAGUUGGUUUUCCGAGGGCAACAGGUUCCUGUUGUGGCUGUGGUCCUGCCUGGCAAGGCGUGGAUGCUAGAUAUAGACUUUUUAGUGUUGCGGGAGAUCGGUAUUACGUGUGACUGAGGUGGGGCUAAGGAAUUCGACGCUGUGGUCAACAC